AGCCCACCAUAUCAUAGAUAAGGGACAGGAGGACAGAGCUGGGAAAACAGAGCAGAGCUCAGAGAGAGACUGACAGAGGAGAGGACACAACAGAGAUGAGUCGGACAGACAAAGGCGAGCCUCGGCCACCCUGUCACCGGAACCACCACCCUGUUGAAAAGGACUUCAAAAGGUGUGCAUGAGAAUAAAUGCUGUUAAAUCUGGAGGAGAGCCACAGGAGAACGCGUGCCUGCAGAGGGGCUCACAUUGGUCAGUGCAGGGGUCAACAACACUUCAGCCGCUGCCAGGAAGCCUCAACUUUCUUAGGCUGCACAUGAACUGACCAUAAUCGCAUAGCUCUUUGGAUUUAUAUUGAGAAAUUAGGAUAAUUUUUUCUCCUUGUUGCAUGAGCUCAUCCAUAGAUGACCAUAGAGGGUGUAAACUAAGUUACUGCCGAUCACUUCUCCCAUGGCGAGAAUCUGGGUCUCUCAACUAGGAACCAUUUGCAGCUCCAAGAUUUUGUUCUUGUUGUUAUCCGCCCUGCUGAUCCAGAGGCCUCUGUUUGGAGAGAGCAGCCCAAUCUCCAGUCCUCGCCAGAGGCAUCGUCCCCCUCCGGGGCUGGGGGACGGCCAUGGAGGGGUGGUGGACCCAUCGCUGCUGGAGCAAGAUGCCAACUCGGAUAUGCAAAGCGUCCUGGAGGGCCUGAAGGAACAGUUUCUGCGAACGUUCAACCUCUCUGGCUUGGGUCCGCCUGCCUUGCCUCCUGGAGGUGCAAGAGAGGAGCCGCCUGAAUACAUGAUGGAGCUUUACAACCGCUUUGCUAGUGACCGGACCGCCAUGCCCACCGCCAACAUCAUCCGCAGCUUCAAAAACGAAGAUUCAACUCCCAGUGUUGUGGAUGUUGGAGGAGUGAGGCGCCACCCACUCCUCUUCAACGUGUCAAUCCCCCAUCACGAACACAUCACUGCGACUGAGCUCCGCCUCUACACCCUUGUCCAGAUCGACCGCCACCUCUAUGCCGGUGUCGACCGCAAGGUCACUAUCUACGAAGUGGAACUGCACGCCCAACCUGACAACGUGACUGAUGUGAGGACAGCGAGAGGAGACGCCUUCGUUGGGGCAGAGGAGCGCACAGACCUGCUGGAACUGGCUUCACGUCAAGUUUACGGGACAGAUAACAGCUGGGAGGCUUUUGAUCUCACUGCCGCCGCUCAGCGUUGGCGCAAAUCUGACGGCGGCACCACGCACCGGUUGGAGGUGCACGUUUCCAGCCUUCCUAGUGACGAGAAUGUUGACGAUGUGAACGACCACGGCGAAGACGGUGGUCUACCCGAAGGUGACAUGAAGAUUGACAACAGUCCCGAGGAAAGGCAUAAGCCCCUGCUGAUUGUUUUCUCCGAUGAUCAAAGUAGUGAUCACCGUGACGACAGACGCGACCUGAACGAGAUGAUCGACCACGAAACCUCCGACACGGUUCUACGGAAUGACGUGGGCCUGGGUCUCGAUGGGUUGUGGGGGGAGCUGGGAAGUGACAGCGAGGAGGGAGAGCCGAAUGAAGAAGACCUCAUCCAGAUGCGGUCGAACCUGAUCUACGACACGGCGUCCCGCAUCCGACGCAACGCCAAGGGCAACCACUGCAAGAAGCAGUCUCUGUACGUAGAGUUCAAGGACAUCGGCUGGGACAGCUGGAUCCUGGCGCCCACCGGUUACGAUGCCUUUGAGUGCACCGGUGCUUGUUCCUAUCCGCUGACGAAGCACGUCACACCCACGAAGCACGCCAUCGUCCAGACACUGGUCAACAUCAACAGCCCUCAGAAAGCGGCGCGGGUGUGUUGCGUGCCCACCAAGCUCGAACCCAUUUCCCUGCUGUACCUGGACGACACAGGAGUGGUCACCUACAAGUACAAGUAUGACGGCAUGGUGGUGGCGGAGUGUGGCUGCAGAUAGUCCGCAGCGCCAGAGAGUUUAACUCUUAGGAAAGUCUUACCACAAGAGGAAGGACACAAAACUAACAAUAAGCUGCAAGGACGGGUGAUGGGGUUGUGUUCAAGCACAGAGAGAGACAGUUUCUGACGUCUCUGUGAGGGUUUUUCAGUGAGACUGGACGUUUUUAUUCAGCAGUGAUACCAGGUGGACAAUCAUGUAUUUUGUACUGUAAAUCAUUCCCUUAUGGCUCGAGCAUGGAUAUCAGCUGCCGUCAGUCACACAGCGGAGGGAAGAUAGAGCCGGUUAACACAUCGACUGUCAACAGGUUGCCAAGGAUGAUUUAAAGGUAUGCCAUCAUACUAAGAAAACUGAAAAGACUCGAGAUCUCUCAGCAAACUGAACCUGCUCUACAAUCUGUGCAGCUUGGUGGGAACUAGUGGGUCAGUGGUCCUCCUCCCUCUCCUUUCCCCUGACAUCUAUCUUCCUCUCCACUUAUCUCUGCCCUCCCCGCUGAAUGCGAGCACUUAUCAGCACUUCAUGUGACUCGGCACAGUGAAAUAACCUCCCCGAGGCAACCUGACGAGCCAUGAACUCCCCAGGCCCACCUCCUGCAGCCUUCUGAUAUCCUGAGGUCCUGGUGGCAGGGUUAUCUAUCUCAACCCUGUUUCCCACUUCACAUGCCUCUUUUCCACUGCCCCGGGUCACAGCGAUAGGAAGGUGUUGGGGGCUGAGAAACAUGAAUGCCGCCACUCGUGACCGGAGGACUCGAAGCCAUUCUGGGCAACUUUUGACAUGGUGGGAGGUGGGGGGAGAGGGGCCAGGGGUUGUCCACAUUCCUUGGCAAACUGUUUUAACUGACUGACCCAGCUCUGCGUACCUUCUGCAUUUCUAAAACUGAGUCAUCCAUCACUUCUUUGGAAAGAAAAUGGCUUUGUUGGAAUGUGACAAUCUUUAAGCCUGAAUUAAGAUGGAAAAGUGGCCACGCUGUCGCUUUUAUGGAUGCCUAAAGGAAUUACUUCCGUUUGUUAUACGCCUUUUGAUACCUCUGCUGCUUGUGUCAAAUAAAAGAAUAUUUAUUGUUCUAAUUUAUUAAUUUUUACGACAGAGUAGAUGACUAUAUGUACAUUUGUUAGCGUAGAGCAGGUUUUGUAACCAUGACAAUGCAUUUGCAGCACAAAAUGAACUUGUUGGGAAGAGAAUUGAUAACGAUUUAUAGACAAUAAAAAAACAACUACUU